UUAUGUCCAAAUAUGUGUGAAUUUCGCCAGGGGACACGCACCUUGAAGGUAGCAGAUAAACGGGUGAACACACCUCGRCACAACACCAGAGGGCGGGGCUUAUCGGGGCCGCUUUCCUUUCCAGUGUCAGCAGCAGCCAGGCAGCCUCCUCCGUAUUUCUUGGCUGUCUCCGAAUGACUUUUCGUCGUUCCUCGCCUCGGCAGAGCGGAAGGGACCGUCGGUUUCCUGCGGCAGGAAAGGCUCGCAGUCAGGGGGCAAGCCGAGGCUUCUCCAAACGCAGCGCGUACCUGCCUGCUUGGCAUGUGACAGUUCGCGAAAAAGCAACAAGAACACAAGCCGCUCCCGCGAGCAAGAGCRGGGGCUCGAGUUGGGGCAGAAACAGCUCACCUCCGGUAGUUUCCCGGUCUCACGCCUCCACACGGUGAAGAGAUGGACCGGCUGUGCGGACCAGAGCUCCCCUUCUGGUUGACCAAUGAGACGUUCAACACGACUCAGCCCGAUCUCCCAGAGUGUUUCCAGCUCACUGUAUUGUCAUGGCUGCCUUGCAUCUUCCUGUGGGCCGCUUUCCCUGUUUACCUCUUCUACCUGAAGACGAACAAGAAAGGAUACAUCAUGAUGUCCCUGCUGAACAGGAUCAAAACGGUGUUUGGUUUGUUCCUGUGGAUUGUGUGUUGGACAGAUCUCUUCUACACAUUCCACGAGCUGCGGCAGGGUCAUAGCCAGCCACCCAUUUUCUUCAUCACCCCCCUGGUGCUCGGAAUGACCAUGCUGUUGGCCACAUUUCUGAUCCAGUAUGAAAGAUUACGUGGAGUUCAGUCCUCAGGGGUCCUCUUCAUCUUCUGGUUCCUGUCUGUGGUAUGUGCCAUUGUGCCUUUCCGCUCCAAGAUCCUAAAGGCCUCCAGGCAGGUGGAUGAACAGAGCAACGUCCCAGACAAGCUGCGAUUCACCACAUUCUACUUCUACUUUGGCCUGGUGGUUUGUGAGCUGAUCCUCUGCUGCUUUAAUGAGAAACCUCCUCUUUUCUCCAAUGUUGACACUGAUCCUAAUCCCUGUCCUGAAACCACCGCAGGCUUUCUUUCCACCGUGACGUUUUGGUGGUUCACAAGGUUGGCCAUUAAAGGUUACAAAAUGCCCCUGGAAGCCAAAGACCUGUGGUCCCUGAACCAGCGCGACAGCUCCAAGAUGAUGGUGCCUCAACUCCUCAAAGAGUGGGACAAGGAGCAGGUCAAGGCCAAGAGUGAGUCACAUCUGUCCAACCAGGUUGAAUACUCCAAGCCCCCACCGUCGACCACCAACCACACUGCAGGGGGAGGAGGACCAGAUCAGAGCAGCCCAGAGGAAGUCGAGGUGCUGCUGUCCAGUCAGAAAGUUCCCUCUCGCCAGCCGUCCUUCCUACGGGCACUUCUCAAAGCCUUUGGUCCCUACUUUCUGAUUGGCUCAGCCUUCAAACUCCUGCAGGAUGUUAUCACAUUUGUCAAUCCCCAGCUGCUCAGGAUGUUGAUCUCAUUCACCAAAGAGGAGGCUGCCCCUGAUUGGUGGGGCUAUGGGCUGGCCUUCCUCAUGUUCUUCACAGCCUUACUGCAAACUCUCAUCCUCCACCAUCACUUUCAGUACUGUUUCAUCACUGGCAUGCACGUCCGCACCGCUAUCAUUGGUGCCAUCUACAGGAAGGCUCUGGUGAUUACUAACGCAGCUAAYCGUUCCUCUACAGUGGGAGAGAUAGUGAAUCUGAUGUCUGUGGAUGCACAGAGGUUCAUGGAUCUCACCACCUUCCUCAACAUGCUGUGGUCUGCUCCUCUGCAGAURAUGCUGGCUUUGUAUUUCCUCUGGGAGAACCUUGGUCCAUCUGUGCUUGCUGGAGUGGCUGUCAUGAUCAUGCUCAUCCCUUUUAAUGCCUUUAUUGCCAUGAAGACACGAGCCUACCAGGUGGAACAGAUGCAGUACAAGGACCAGCGUAUCAAGCUAAUGAACGAGAUUCUGAACGGCAUCAAAGUCCUGAAGCUGUAUGCCUGGGAGAACUCGUUCAAAGACAAAGUUCUGGCUAUUCGGCAGAAGGAGCUCAAUGUACUUCGCAAGACAGCCUACCUGGGAGCGCUGUCCACCAUGGCCUGGACCAGCGCCCCUUUCCUGGUUGCCUUGACAACGUUUGCUGUGUAUGUGACUGUAGAUGAGAAAAACAUCCUGGAUGCAGAAAAGGCCUUUGUGUCGCUCUCGCUCUUUAACAUCCUCAGGUUUCCCCUCAACAUGCUUCCCCAAGUGAUCAGCAGCCUCGUACAGGCCAGUGUGUCAUUGAAGCGUAUCCAAAGUUUCCUGAGUCACGAUGAGUUGGACCCAAACGUAGUGGACAGGAAGAGCACAGGCACAGAGUUUUCAGUCUCAAUAGUCAAUGGAACGUUUACCUGGGCUAAAGAAGAUCCUCCUGUUCUACACAACAUUAAUGUGAUGGUGCCUCAGGGCUCCCUGCUGGCUGUUGUGGGCCACGUGGGCUGUGGAAAAUCCUCCUUGAUCUCUGCACUGCUGGGCGACAUGGAAAAACUGGAGGGCGAGGUUUCUGUUCGGGGUUCGGUGGCUUACGUUCCUCAGCAGGCCUGGAUACAAAAUGCCACGCUGCGGGACAACAUCCUGUUUGGGAAAAGCUAUGAUGAGCGGAAAUACCGCCGUGUGCUGGACGCCUGUGCUUUAACGCCAGACCUGGAAGUUCUGCCUGGAGGAGAUAUGACUGAGAUUGGAGAGAAGGGCAUCAACCUGUCUGGUGGUCAGAGGCAGAGGGUGAGCCUGGCUCGAGCUCUGUACAGUGAUGCUGAUGUCUACCUGCUGGARGACCCCCUGUCUGCAGUGGACGCCCAUGUGGCCAAACACAUCUUUGACCACCUCAUUGGUCCUGAGGGUCUUUUGAAGGGAAAGACACGCAUCCUAGUGACACACGGCAUCAGCUUUCUGCCUCAGGUGGACAACAUCGUGGUGAUGGUGGAUGGCAGGGUGUCAGAGAUGGGCUCAUAUACGCAACUGUUCAAGCAGAAUGGAGCCUUCGCUGAGUUUCUCAGGAACUACGCUCUGGAGGAAAUCAGUGAAGAGGAUGAGGCCAUCGAAGAUUUAAUAGACGAGGAGGAGCUCUUCCCAGAUGACGUCCUUAGCAAUCACCACACAGACAUGGUGGACAAUGAACCAGUGAUAAAUGAAGCUAGGAAAAGRUUUAUGAGACAGAUCAGCAUUAUUUCAUCAGAAGGCGAAAAUUUACGAUGCCGCUCAGUGAGGAGACAUGGCUGCAGCCAAAAGAGGCACAGUGAGUCUCAGGAGAAGAAAAUACCACAGGAAGUAGAGAAGCUCAUCCAGGCAGAGACUGCAGAAACAGGCCGGGUCAAAACAACGGUGUACCUGGAGUACGCCAAGGCGGUGGGGCCGCUGCUUUCAGUGAUUAUCAUCCUGCUGUACGGCUGCCAGUCUGCUGCCUCCAUCGGAGCAAACAUCUGGCUCAGCCAGUGGACCAACGACGCAUCACAAAAUCAGACUUCACAGAACGUUAACAUGAGGGUGGGGGUGUACGCUGCGCUGGGCAUUGCACAAGGUGUGCUGAUUUUGGUUAACUGUCUGUUGUGCCGGGCCUACAGUAUGCUGCGGGCAGCCAAGCUCACACACAACAACAUGCUGCAGGGGGUCCUGCAAGCUCCGCAGACCUUCUUUGAGAGCACCCCGACUGGGCGGUUACUGAACCGCUUCAGCAAAGACGUGGAUGCUAUAGACACCUACAUCCCAGACAAUAUUGACAUAUGGAUGCGCACUUUCUGGUACACACUGAAUGUGCUGCUCAUAUGCUCUGCCAUCACCCCAAUAUUCCUCAUAGUCAUAGCCCCGUUAAUGGUGUUCUAUUGGUGGGUUCAGAGAUUUUAUGUUGCCACGUCUCGGCAGCUUAAGCGCCUGGAGUCAGUCAGCCGCUCUCCCAUUUACUCUCAUUUCUCCGAGACCGUCACUGGUUCUAGUGUAAUCCGAGCCUAUGGCAGACACGCUGCCUUUGUUCUGAUGAGUGAUGUAAAAGUGGAUGAGAACCAAAAGAGUUACUACCCUGGUAUAGUGUCCAACAGGUGGCUGGGAGUGCGUAUAGAGUUCAUCGGGAACUGCAUUGUGUUGUUCGCUGCUCUGCUAGCCGUAAUAGGAAGGAAAGAUCUGAACCCUGGCCUCGUGGGUCUUUCAGUGUCAUACGCCCUCCAGGUGACCAUGUCUCUGAACUGGAUGGUGCGGAUGACUUCAGACCUGGAGAACAACAUAGUAGCAGUGGAGAGAGUGAAGGAGUACUCGGAGACCAAGACAGAGGCCCCCUGGGAGGUGGAGGACAAGAAGCCCCCAUCUGAAUGGCCCAUGAAAGGGAACGUGGAGUUCCACAACUACUGUGUCCGGUACCGCGAGGGUCUGGACCUCGUCCUGAAGAACCUCACGCUCAGCGUAAAAGGAGGAGAGAAGAUUGGUAUUGUGGGUCGUACAGGGGCCGGGAAGUCCUCCAUGACUCUCUGCCUCUUCAGACUGCUGGAAGCUGCUGCAGGAGAGAUCACCAUUGAUGAUGUGAAGAUAGCAGAGAUAGGCCUGCAUGACCUGAGAUCCAAACUUACCAUCAUUCCACAGGAGCCUGUGCUUUUCUCUGGGACCCUGCGAAUGAACCUGGACCCCUUUGACAAGUACGGUGAUGAAGAAGUGUGGAAAGCCCUGGAGCACUCGCAUCUCCAGAAGUUUGUCAGCAACCAGUCUGCAAAACUAGAGCUGCAGUGUUCGGAGGGAGGAGAGAACCUCAGUGUGGGUCAGAGGCAGCUGGUGUGCUUGGCCAGAGCUCUCCUGAGGAAGACCAGGAUCCUCAUCCUAGAUGAAGCUACAGCUGCUAUUGACCUGGAGACAGAUGAUCUCAUCCAGUCCACCAUAAGGACUCAGUUUGAAGACUGCACCGUUUUUACUAUUGCACAUAGACUUAACACUAUCAUGGACUACACAAGAGUUCUUGUGUUGGACAAGGGACAGAUAGCUGAGUUUGAUACUCCCACCAACCUAAUAUCACAAAGAGGAAUCUUCUACGGGAUGGCAAAAGAUGCAGGACUGGUGCAGUAGAGCUACCUUUUUUAUUUCUCUCAAAGUUCCAGAUCAGGAUCCAGGAUGAACCUGGUUCUCAGCAGCGACAAACGGAGCAGGAUUUUUUUUAUAUAAAUUUUAAUCUUAAAAUAUACAGUAUGUGUGUGUUUUUCAGGGCACAUUUUGCUCAAUUUUAAUGAAAUCCAAUUUCUCUUGCAGACUUAGGUCAACUAGCAUUUGCAAAGCAAAAUCUAGACACAAGAGUUUGCACUGUCUGUAUCAAAAUGUCUUUCUGAAUGGAAAUAAGAAAAAAAAGCCAUACAAGCAGACGCUAUCUGAUCCAAGCCUUCUCUGUUGUGCCUUAUUCCAGUCAGAUAGAAAAGCCAGUGAAUGUAUUUUUUUUCAUCGACUUGUCUAUUAGAAAACAGAAAAAAAAGUUGAACUCUUUUUACAUAAAAAAAGAACAUUGUGCCACUGUUACCUUCCUCAUGACAGAAAAAAACACACUUUUGUGAUAAAGCACCCACACAUUUUUGUACUGUUAUUUAAGCUACUUUUAAAUAACUGAUGUUGAUCUUGGAAAGUUUGUUUAGUUUAACAUGAUUCUUCUGUGAACCAAAUAUGUAAACACUUGAACUCUGUACAACCAAAAAAUGAAAAGAAAAACACAUUUAUGCCUUUUUUUUUUUAUAAAAGAAAGAACAAUA